AUGAGUAUAGACGUUCACGUGCGUAUUCGGCCCAAUGUGUCCAACGGUGUUUGGUCCUCUGCGGAGACGGUACUGUACAGCACACACAGCCCUAACACACGGUAUGUGUACAACAAAGUGCACCACAUCGGCACCUCAAACCAGACAAUAUUUCAAGGCAUUGAGGCUCUUGUGCACGCCGGGUUCGACGGGAAAAAUGUGACUGUGAUGGCAUAUGGGCAGACUGGCAGUGGUAAGACAUACAGCAUGAAUGGUAGCAAGAUAGAUCCAGGCAUCGUCCCCCGCACGGCAAAGCUGUUGUUGGAUCUUCGCAUGAACUAUCCUGGUACACAGAUCGUCAUAUACUUCACAGAAAUUUACAAUGAGUCAGUGAAGGAUCUUCUUGAGCCACAACGCGGAGAACUUGGGCUGCACGACGCCCCCGAUGGCGGUGUGUACUUUGACAAAAAAUCGUUGCCCAUUGAGACAAUGGAGGACUUUGUGAAACUUCAGAAUGUCGCGGAACGAAAUCGCAAGUACGGUGUGACAAACCUCAAUGACCACAGCAGUCGUUCACACAUGAUUCUUACCUUUGAAAUUCACAGGGCCUACAGGCAGGUGAGCACAAUAAAUCUGGUGGAUCUUGCCGGUUCGGAGUCUGCGUCUCGUGCGAAUACAGAUGGCUUGUCGCUGCGGGAGGGUGGAUUUAUCAAUAAAAGUUUGUUGACCCUAGGCAAUGUGGUGGACGCCAUUGUGGAAAAAAGGCCCUAUGUGCCCUACCGUGACGCAAAACUCACUCGCAUUUUGCGCAGCUGCAUUGGUGGGUCUGGUAUGACGUUUAUUCUUUGCUGUAUCAAUCCCUCUCAUGAAAACUUUGAGCAAACCGUCUCAAGCUUGCGAUUUACGCAACGUGCCAUGAAGAUCAAGAACGAUCCUGUGAUGGUGCUUAAUAUGCCUCCACUUUUUACACAUCAAUACGACUCGGGUGCAAAAGAGCUGGUUCACGGUUUUCGCGAAUUGUGUGAUGCAUUUUAUCAGCGUGGAAUUAGAGAUGCUUUCAUGUACACCAGCAACACCCUGUCAUCCAUCGUGACACACUUUGAUGGCCAGGUAUCGGAUUCAUUGCAUGCAAUGGCAAAUGCCCAGCGUCUUCUCAUUGCACAUGACCAUGCCCUAGCAGUGGAUCAGGUAGGACGAUUAUAUAACCAACUUCACGAACUCACACGCCAGCGCCUGCAAAGCAAGGAGAUUGAGGAACAUGAACGAAAGCGGCAGCGCGAGGCGGAGGGGGAAGUAGAGGCCAGAAAGGGCAAAAUUGCCCGAAUGGAGGCUGAAUUGAAGGAGAGGGACGCUGAAGUGGAUACUGAGCUGGCGGGAUGGGAAUACCAGCUUUACGAGACCAGACAGCGCUGCGUGACACCGUUAGAACUGCUUUUCUCAUCAGAACGAUCCGGGCGAUCUCGAUUACAAUAUGAGUGGGCUGUUUGCAUGGAGCGUAUUACCGCACGCUGUGUUCCCAUGAUUGUGUCACUUGGCCCCGUCACUCCCUCUGUGACCGAUAAACAUGCAGCACUACAGCAACUAAAGCAGCAACUGCAGCAUUCACAGCGAGAAUUGGCAGAUCUUACUGUAGCGCAUAACAUGAUUAAAGAUGACCUACCGGAAAUGCGGCGGAAGGCGGAGGAAAACUCCUCAAUGUGUGCGAGUUCUCCCGCCGCGUCGCUCUCACCGCAGCCACGCCCCAAUGAUGUUGUCAUGGGUGCAGAUGUAACGGAUGCAGACUUGGAUCAUCGUAUACAAGAACUAGAGGGAGAAGCAAAAAUGUUGAUGUCACGUGCUGUUCACGUGGCUCGUUGUGAGAGUACACGUCGUCUUCGGGACUCGUUAAAACCACCGCGUUCGCGUACGCCGCCCACAAGUCGACCCACCGCGCGUCACCGAAACUCCCCGCCUUCACAAGGAACAGAUAUGUUAGUGGCAGACACGCCUCCUGGAAAUACCCGUGAGGGCACUGGUUGCUACGCGAGUCCAGUACAACAACGUAGCCCAACCCCGCGCACCGCCCGUACUAUCUUCCCCAUAGCGGAUGAGAGUCCCGGGGUGCAACAGUACGUGGUCCCCGAAAAAAGUGUGUCACCGGACAAUGAGCAGCUCACGGAUGGAGUCCGUAGGGCGUUAGGUCUCUUACGGGAUGUUCGAAGCAAACUGAUGCAGCACGCACAUGGUCGGCAACGAAAGGCCGAUGCAACUACUAAUGCCACUGUUCCUCAUAACACAAAUUCUCCUGCACCUGUUGCUACUCGCUCGAGUUUACGCCGAUGCCGCCGUACACAAUCGCAUACUACACCGGAUGAAAACAUGACCCUGGAAGAGAUGUGCAUGCGGAGUGAUGAUGAAAAAAAAUGCGAGGCAGUUGUUGGGAUUGCUGCUCGGAGACGUAUGGAAAAAGUCCCUCUCCGACCGAAUGCUGAACGCGCGCUAUGGCGUAUGUCGGUUUCUCCCAUAAGCCCUUCUUUUGAGGGGAAGUCGCGUAGUCGUUCUCGCCGUUGCUGA